AUGUGGCCCAAGAGGGGGCAGCCUCGAGCAUGGCGACUUAAGCCGCGGCGCCUUGUACUCUGCAGGGGCAUGUGCAGGUGAGUUCAAGAUCCACAUGAGCAAUGCGCUCUCGGCAGCCGACUUCGGCUGCUUCUUCGACUCGGACUCGGGCUCGGACUGCGAGCGCGACAGCAUCAGGAUGGAGCAGGGGGUCCUCUCGGAGUCGGUGGAGUUCCGCUUGAUCAGCGGGAAGCGUGUGCAUCUCAGCCCGAACGUGGUCGGCUCGGUGUCCGACGUCACUGGCCUGUUGGCGAAGUCGCUGGGGUUGGUGCCCGAGCGCAUUGUGCUGCUUUCAAAUGAAGGGAUCCGCGUCCCGCUCGAGCUCUCCGCGUCGGAGCUCGACGGGGUGCUGCAGGUGCUGGUGCUGCCAGACCCCCUGGAGAAGAUGCUGGCCCUGGCCUGCGGCGUGGCAACCUUCGAUGACCUCCUGGAGGAAACCGUCGUAGACAUCAACGAGGCGGCCGGCUUGCCUGAGAGCCUCGGCCGCCUGGCCCUGCUGAUGGACCUCAGGGUCUGCCACAGCGGCCUGACGUCGCUGCCAGAGAGCAUCGGGGAACUGCAGGAGCUCGAGACCUUGUGGCUCGCGAGCAACAGGUUGGAGUCCUUGCCGGGGAGUCUCUGCAACCUCCGCAAGCUGCAAUAUCUUCAGCUUGGCGACAACUUGCUCACGGCGCUGCCCGAGAGCGUCGGCGGCCUGGAGGGCCUGGUGCAGCUGGAGCUGGGCCGGAACCGGCUGGCGGCGCUGCCGGAUGCCAUCUGCCAGCUGCGCUUCCUGGCUAGGCUGGGGCUCACCAGCAACCAGCUGGCCAGCCUGCCGCAGGGCCUAGGCCAGCUUCAGCGACUCACGCAUCUGCGGCUUGACAGGAACCGCCUGCGGGACUUGCCGGACGACCUCGUGGGCCUGAGCGCGCUGGAGGUGCUGACCGUCAGCGACAACGCGCUGAAGGCGCUGCCCCGGAACCUCCCCGAGCUCGCCAGGCUGAGGUCCCUCGAGGCGAAGAACAACCUUUUGUUUUUCCUGCCGGAGGACUUCGGCUCUAUGCACAGCCUGAACCACCUGCGCCUCUGCGGCAACCAGCUGAGCGCGCUGCCUUCUGGCUUCGGUGGCGCCUCCGAGGGCUCGGGGGGCUCCAGCGGAGUCAACCACUUGCACCGAUGCCG